AUGUCGCCCCCAACUGUGCCUCCGAUGGGUGUCGAUGGUGUGUCCGCAUACCUGAUGAAGAAGCGGCACACCCACAGGAAGCAGCGGCGCAAGCCCACUUUCCUCACCCGUAGGAACAUCGUCGGCUGCCGCAUCCAGCACGGCUGGAAGGAAGGCAACGAGCCGGUGGAGCAGUGGAAGGGCACGGUGCUCGAGCAGGUUUCCGUGAAGCCCACUCUCUACAUCAUCAAAUAUGAUGGCAAAGACAGUGUGUAUGGACUGGAACUGCACCGAGAUAAGAGAGUUUUAGCGCUCGAGAUCCUUCCUGAGAGAGUGCCAACUCCUCGCAUUGAUUCGCGCCUCGCAGAUUCCCUGAUUGGCAAGGCGGUGGGGCAUGUGUUUGAGGGUGAGCACGGGAGGAAAGAUGAGUGGAAGGGCAUGGUCCUGGCCCGAGCCCCGGUGAUGGACACUUGGUUUUACAUCACCUACGAGAAAGAUCCGGUCCUUUAUAUGUACACGCUGCUGGAUGACUACAAAGAUGGUGACCUGCGCAUCAUUCCAGAUUCCAACUACUAUUUCCCUACAGCGGAACGGGAGCCCGGAGAAGUGGUCGACAGCCUCGUGGGCAAGCAGGUGGAGCACGCCAAAGAUGAUGGGUCCAAGAGAACCGGCAUUUUCAUCCAUCAAGUGGUGGCUAAGCCAUCUGUCUACUUCAUUAAGUUUGAUGAUGAUAUUCACAUUUAUGUCUAUGGUUUGGUGAAAACCCCCUAAAUUCAUUGAGUUCUUUGCAAAAUUUGUGGAACUAUUAAAUGGAAAAUAUGUCGUGUUCCUGUGAUUGUGAACUUUUGAGAACAGUUUUGGUGUCAG